CAGAGCCUCACGAGAAAGCUAAAAAGAAAACUCCCAUUCCUCACCCUUACCCCAACCUUUUGUUUUUAGGGAUUCUGGAAAUCUCAAUCAACGGUUUUCACUUUCUGUCCCAAAAUCAAAUCUCUAUCUUCAUUCAUUUCAUCGUUCCACGAGAUUUGACUUCACCUUUUAGUACCCUUUUCUGUACUUGCUCUUGGAAACAAACAUGGGUGCUAUCAGUCUUGAAGAGAUCAAGAACGAGACUGUUGAUCUGGAGAAAAUCCCAAUAGAGGAAGUGUUUGAACAGUUGAAAUGUAGCCGAGAAGGACUGAGUUCGGAGGAGGGAGCCAGCAGGCUUCAAAUUUUUGGACCCAACAAAUUAGAAGAGAAGAAGGAAAGCAAAUUUUUAAAGUUUUUGGGGUUUAUGUGGAAUCCGCUGUCAUGGGUGAUGGAAGCUGCAGCAAUCAUGGCCAUUGCUUUGGCUAAUGGUGAUGGGAAGCCCCCAGAUUGGCAAGACUUUGUUGGUAUUGUUUGUUUGUUGGUAAUUAACUCUACCAUCAGUUUCAUUGAAGAAAACAAUGCUGGCAAUGCUGCUGCUGCUCUUAUGGCUGGUCUUGCCCCAAAAACCAAGGUGCUUAGGGAUGGCAAAUGGACUGAACAAGAAGCAGCAAUUCUGGUUCCUGGAGACAUCAUUACUAUUAAACUGGGAGAUAUUGUCCCUGCUGAUGCCCGUCUUCUUGAAGGUGAUCCCUUGAAGAUUGAUCAAUCUGCCCUUACAGGUGAAUCACUUCCUGUGACCAAGAACCCUGGGGAUGAAGUCUUCUCCGGUUCGACUUGCAAACAAGGUGAAAUUGAGGCUGUUGUUAUUGCUACCGGUGUUCACACCUUCUUUGGUAAGGCUGCACAUCUUGUGGACAGCACCAACAAUGUAGGACACUUCCAAAUGGUGCUCACUGCCAUCGGAAACUUUUGUAUUUGUUCCAUUGCCAUCGGUAUGCUGGUCGAGAUCAUAGUCAUGUACCCCAUUCAACAUCGCAAGUACCGGGAUGGAAUUGACAAUCUCUUGGUUCUCUUGAUUGGUGGUAUUCCCAUUGCUAUGCCCACUGUUUUGUCCGUGACCAUGGCAAUUGGGUCUCACAGGCUGUCUCAGCAGGGUGCCAUUACCAAGCGAAUGACUGCCAUUGAAGAAAUGGCCGGUAUGGAUGUUCUUUGUAGUGAUAAGACGGGAACAUUGACACUUAACAAGCUGAGUGUUGAUAGAAACUUGAUUGAGGUGUUUGCAAAGGAUGUCGAUAAGGAGCGUGUCCUGCUCGCAGCAAGAGCCUCUAGAACUGAAAAUCAAGAUGCCAUUGAUGCUGCCAUUGUUGGAAUGCUUGCUGAUCCAAAGGAGGCAAGAGCUGGUAUUAGAGAGGUGCACUUCUUGCCUUUCAAUCCUGUAGACAAGAGAACUGCUUUGACUUACAUAGAUUCAAACGGUAACUGGCACCGAGCAAGCAAAGGUGCUCCUGAACAGAUCUUAACCCUUUGCAAUGCAAAAGAAGAUGUUAAGAAGAAGGUUCAUUCUAUCAUAGAUAAGUUUGCAGAUCGUGGACUUCGGUCAUUAGGUGUUGCAAGACAGCAAGUGCCAGAAAACAAAGAAGGUGCUGGUACUCCUUGGCAAUUUGUUGGUUUGUUGCCUCUGUUUGAUCCACCAAGGCAUGACAGUGCAGAGACCAUCCGCAGAGCUCUUAAUCUUGGUGUUAAUGUCAAGAUGAUAACGGGUGAUCAACUUGCCAUUGCAAAGGAGACCGGCCGACGACUUGGAAUGGGAACAAACAUGUAUCCAUCUGCUUCUUUGCUUGGUCAAGACAAGGAUGCAAACAUAGCUGCCCUCCCCGUGGAAGUGAUUGAGAAGGCAGACGGGUUUGCUGGCGUCUUUCCAGAGCACAAAUACGAAAUUGUGAAGAAGUUGCAGGAGAGGAAGCACAUUUGUGGAAUGACUGGAGAUGGUGUUAACGAUGCUCCUGCUUUGAAGAAGGCUGAUAUUGGUAUCGCUGUGGCCGAUGCUACUGAUGCCGCACGAAGUGCUUCAGACAUUGUUCUUACAGAACCUGGACUAAGCGUUAUUAUCAGUGCAGUGUUAACUAGCAGAGCUAUUUUCCAGAGGAUGAAGAACUACACUAUCUAUGCAGUCUCCAUCACUAUCCGUAUUGUGUUUGGAUUUAUGUUUAUUGCACUCAUCUGGAAGUUCGAUUUUUCACCAUUCAUGGUUUUGAUCAUUGCCAUUCUAAAUGAUGGAACUAUCAUGACAAUCUCAAAGGACAGAGUAAAGCCGUCUCCCUUGCCUGAUAGCUGGAAACUGAAAGAAAUUUUUGCCACUGGAAUUGUGCUUGGAGGCUACUUGGCAUUGAUGACUGUCGUUUUCUUCUGGGUUAUGCAUGAUACAGACUUCUUCUCGGACAAAUUUGGUGUAAGGUCUCUAAGGGACAGGGAUGAUCAAAUGAUGGGUGCUUUAUAUUUACAAGUGAGCAUUGUGAGCCAGGCUCUAAUUUUUGUGACUAGAUCACGCAGUUGGUCGUAUGUCGAGCGCCCUGGAUUGCUGCUGGUCACUGCCUUCAUUAUUGCACAAUUGGUUGCUACAUUGAUUGCUGUAUAUGCAAACUGGGGAUUUGCAAGGAUUCAAGGAAUAGGAUGGGGAUGGGCUGGUGUCAUAUGGCUUUACAGUAUUGUUUUCUACAUCCCACUUGAUCUAAUGAAGUUUGCGAUUCGUUACAUCUUAAGUGGAAAAGCUUGGCUCAAUUUGCUGGAAAACAAGACCGCAUUCACAACCAAGAAAGAUUAUGGAAAGGAAGAGAGGGAAGCUCAAUGGGCACUUGCUCAAAGGACACUACAUGGGCUUCAACCACCAGAAGCUACAAACAUUUUUCAUGACAAGAACAGCUAUAGGGAGUUGUCCGAGAUUGCAGAGCAGGCCAAGAGGCGAGCCGAGGUUGCAAGGCUUCGUGAGCUUCACACCCUAAAAGGACAUGUGGAGUCGGUGGUGAAGCUGAAGGGGCUGGACAUUGAUACAAUCCAGCAGCAUUACACAGUUUAG